UUUUAAAAAUCAAUUUGAUUGGCCACAGGAAACGUAUUUUGGCAUCUCUGGGAGACAGGCUGCACGACGAUCCACCACAGAAGCCCCCUCGGUCCAUCACCCUCAGGGAUCCCAGUGGUAAUCACACUCCUCCUCAGUUGUCUCCAUCACUUAGCCAAAGCACUUACACCACUGGUGGCUCCCUAGACGUUCCUCACAUUAUCAUGCAGGGCGAUGCAAGGAGGAGAAGAAAUGAAAACUACUUUGAUGAUAUUCCCCGAUCAAAACUGGAGAGGCAGAUGGCCCAGCAGUCGUCUGUCUGUGAGAUAUGGACGAAUCAGAACGCUGGAUUUCCUUUCUCAGCCAUCCAUCAGGUUCAUAAUACAGGAGACUGGGGAGAACCUUCCAUUACCUUGCGACCUCCAAAUGAAGCCACAGCGUCCACUCCAGUACAGUACUGGCAACACCACCCAGAAAAGCUAAUCUUCCAAUCGUGCGAUUACAAAGCUUUUUAUUUAGGUUCUAUGCUGAUAAAAGAGCUUAGAGGGACAGAAUCAACCCAAGAUGCCUGUGCAAAAAUGCGGGCUAACUGUCAGAAGUCUACGGAGCAAAUGAAGAAGGUCCCCACUAUUAUUCUUUCAGUCUCUUAUAAAGGAGUCAAAUUUAUUGAUGCAACAAAUAAGAACAUAAUUGCCGAGCAUGAAAUUCGUAAUAUCUCCUGUGCUGCCCAGGACCCAGAAGACCUCUCAACGUUUGCUUAUAUCACAAAAGAUUUGAAGUCCAAUCACCACUACUGUCAUGUGUUUACUGCCUUUGAUGUGAAUUUAGCCUAUGAAAUCAUCCUAACACUGGGACAGGCAUUUGAAGUCGCUUACCAGCUUGCACUACAAGCAAGAAAAGGGGGGCAUUCCUCUACACUUCCAGAAAGCUUUGAAAACAAACCCUCCAAACCCAUCCCCAAGCCCCGUGUCAGCAUUCGCAAAUCGGUGCAGAUCGACCCAUCUGAGCAAAAGACUCUGGCCAAUCUGCCGUGGAUUGUGGAGCCGGGACAAGAAGCCAAGAGAGGAAUUAAUACCAAGUAUGAAACCACAAUUUUCUGAUACUCACCAUCCUCCUGUCCUCGCGGUGCCUUGCACGCGGAGCAGUCCCGGAGCAGGCUUCCCUUCGCGCCUCCGUUUCCACCCAGCCCAGGAGGAAGACUGCUCUGUUUGUGUGGCCUUGUCACGGGCGAAAGGCCGCUGGCCAUUCCUGGGGAUGUUCUUUCUGCACCAGUGACAGAAAGUGUGCAACCAAGACUUUCCAGCUGUAACCCUUGAGAGGCACGAGUUGAGAUUUUUUUGCUGACUCUCCCGACUCCCCUCCCUGCCGCCACCCAAGGUAUUUCUAAUGACUCUGCCCCAACACUGCUUUGCUGAAUCUGGGGAUAAUAACUUU